AUGAAGGAAAAAUCGAAAACUGCAGCAAGGACUAGACGAGAAAAGGAGAACAGUGAAUUUUAUGAACUGGCUAAAAUGUUGCCUUUACCGUCCGCCAUCACCUCCCAGCUGGACAAAGCGUCGAUCAUAAGACUGACCACAAGUUACCUGAAGAUGAGGAUUGUUUUUCCUCAGGGUCUGGGUGAAGCGUGGGGUCACACAAGCCGAAGAUCCUUGGAAAAUGUUGGACGAGAGCUGGGGUCUCAUUUACUGCAGACGUUGGACGGCUUCAUUUUCGUUGUGGCUCCGGAUGGAAAAAUAAUGUACAUCUCAGAGACAGCGUCAGUCCACUUGGGACUGUCUCAGGUAGAGUUGACUGGGAACAGUAUUUAUGAAUAUGUCCAUCCUGCCGAUCACGACGAGAUGACCGCCGUGCUGACGCCGCAUCAGCCCUAUCACUCACACUUCGUCCAAGAAUAUGAAAUGGAGCGCUCUUUCUUUUUGCGGAUGAAAUGUGUGCUGGCCAAAAGAAACGCAGGCCUGACUAGUGGUGGAUACAAGGUGAUCCACUGCAGCGGCUACCUGAAGAUCCGUCAGUACAGUUUGGACAUGUCCCCCUUCGAGGGCUGCUAUCAGAACGUGGGUUUGGUGGCCGUGGGUCAUUCACUACCGCCCAGCGCUGUGACGGAGAUCAAACUGCACAGCAACAUGUUCAUGUUCAGAGCCAGUUUAGACAUGAAGCUCAUCUUCCUCGACUCCAGGGUGGCCGAGCUGACAGGUUACGAGCCCCAGGACCUGAUAGAGAAAACCUUGUACCAUCACGUCCACAGCUGUGACACCUUCCAUCUCCGCUGUGCACACCACCUCUUGCUGGUGAAAGGCCAAGUCACCACUAAGUAUUAUCGUUUCCUGGCCAAGCACGGCGGCUGGGUCUGGGUCCAGAGUUACGCCACCAUUGUGCACAACAGCCGGUCAUCGAGACCCCACUGCAUAGUCAGCGUCAACUAUGUCCUAACGGAUACUGAGUACAAGGGAAUGCAGCUGUCAUUGGACCAAAUGAGCCCAACCAAGCCUGCCUUCCCUUAUGCCGACAAUCACAGUGAAGACAGGAAGAGUACCAAGUCACGUCUGACCCCAGCGAAGGCCAAAGCCAGAGUGUCACCCUACCCCCAGUUUUCAGCUUUCAACCCAGAGCGUUCAGAGUCGGACCAAGACAGCCAGUGGGGAGGGAGCCCGCUGACUGACUCUGCGUCUCCUCAGCUGUUGGACCCCACUGAGGCUGCGGAGGCAUCCUGUGCCUACCGACUGUAUCCCGAAGCAGGAUCCUUGUGUUACGGCCUGGGUCUAUCAGAAGAUGAUCUUGCCCAUGCGACAACCCAUCCUCACACCACCACAUGUGACCGGGUGCGAUGCCAGAGUGGCCGCUACUUCUUAGGAACGCCACAGUCGGGAAGGGAAAUGUGGUGGGACGCCACGCGCUCUGUUCUCUCACUGCCGAAGUCGUCUGCGGAGAACAGUGAGGGCUAUGAAAUCACAUCCUACCAUGGAGCCAUUCACGGUCGGGGUCACUGGGAUGAAGACAGUGUAGUGAGUUCACCUGAUGGAGGUGGGUCCACCAGUGAUUCAGGUGAGCGCUACCAUGGUGACCACUUCCGGGCAACCCCUAGAGAACCAAGCAAGAUGGAGACCCUAAUCCGAGCCACGCAGCAGAUGAUCAAAGAGGAAGAGACUCGUUUGCAGCAACACAAGGCGCCACUGGACGUCUCUGGACUGGCCAAAGCUCACAGUCCAUGUUUUACCUCCACGCUACCCCACCACUCCCAGCUCACCAUGCCCAGUGUGGUGUGCCGUGGUCCUGGAGCCCCCAGCAUGGACCUCUCCUCUGAACGCCUCCAUCACCGGGAUGGAGUCAAAGUUUCUUGUCCACAUGACAAUGACGACAACACAACCAGCCCGGCGUCCAUUUCACGUCUCAGCAGCCCCAGCUCGGAUGGGAUCCCUAGAUCAGGCCUUUCCCUCGCCAAAGACUACAUGCAGACUGAUCUUUCACCUCACUCUCAACAACCCCAAGGAAGCCCGCUGCUCUACACAGCCCAAGAUCGACAGCCGCUGGACAGGCAAGCGGCUUACGCUUUAACCGGGUACUCUCUGGAGCACCUGUACGACCCAGAGAACCUGAGGAGUUACUCCAGCCUGGCCUGUGGGGGAGUCCAGUAUGAUAUGGCAUCCCAUGUCAGGAUGCAAGCGGAGCAGAUGCAGGGACAUAAGGCCACCUCUGUUAUAAUAACCAAUGGGAGCUGACGAUAUCUGGUGCACAUAGGUUCUGUUCUCUAGAAGAGGAUGGCGGACGAUGGUGGAGGCUUUAUGCACAAGUAAACACGGACCAGCUGCUUGACGCAAACGACGGGACAAGAAAGACCAAACGAGUAAUUGUGCUUGAUUGGUUUGUCCUUGGUGGCCCAUUGAGCACAUCUUGUUUUUGUCGGCCUUUGUGUCACACCACUCUUCUACUCAUCGUCAGAGGAACUAGUGUUAAAGAAAAAGUGACACUGGGUAUGCCACUUCACAGGGAGGAAGUUUGCUCCCUUUCAUAGGAGUACAGUGUUAUUUUAAUGGAGAUUGACUGAAUUUACCUCCCUGCAAAAGGCAACUCAAGUUCUGAAUCUAGUUAAACAUCAAGCCAGUGUUUCUGUUCCAAAACACCUCAUGCAUCAUUGGCCAUGUAAGUUAAUCUGUCCGGGACACGGUUUCCAAAGGUAGUAAAGAAAGUGUGUUGUUCCAUUGCCCCUUCACCUGAAAACUGUCGCACGGAGUGUAAUGUUUGACAUGAGAAGUGCAAAAUGGAAAAGGCAAGCGUUUCACUAUUGUAAGAUGUCAAUGUUUCCUGGUAUUUAUUUGUCAGUGAGCUGUUUUCUGUAUGUGUCAUUUUUUUCUGUCCGAGUAGAACCUUUACUGGUUGAAUAAAAUGAGUUUAGGUGUUUGGAUUACACCAAUAUUAGAUUUUCUUAAAAAUUAAUGAAAAGGGAAAAACAGAGAAAAAUGCCUUUGAUAUGUAAAGUGUUGGAUAAACAGGUAAACUUCUGAUUCAUUGUUAAAUGCCCUCCCACACACAGGUAAUUGACCUUUCCCCUCUAAGUAGGCAUGGGAUGUUUUCACUUAUAUUUGGGUCUAAAAAGAUCACAUAAGAGGGUAUUAUUUUUCCUGUUAUCUCACGUUACUGUUACCCAACUAGUAAGCAUAUGGAGAGUAUGCUUUAAACUUCUGAAGAACAUAUUGUUCUUUAAAAAAUCCAUUCUUAUGUCAUGAGAGCCUAAAGGGUUAAGAUAAUUGAUACAAGCCUCUCUAAAAAAAACAUGUUGAAUGUCUUUUAUUUCUAAUUUAUUCUAUGAUGUAAAUAUCAUCACACUAUGAACUUUUGGAAAAGUAGUUACCAGAUAAUUUAUUAAUUGGUUUUAAAAAGUCUCUAAAUCUAAAUACAGUUGUAAACAAAGAACUUUUGUCUCUGUAAUUUUAUUGUUGUACAUUUAACUGUCAAACUGCUUUGAAUGUUACACACACACACGAUGCUGCCGACUCAAACAGUCAAUGACUGUGAUUUAAAUACAUAAUGUAGACGUACAACGCUUUUAUGUAUUCAUUGAAGACCUAAAGGACAACUGUAUACAAUAGAUGUUGACAUGUAUGAAUACUUAUGGAUUUGAAUAUGCAUAUAGAUACUCAAUAAGUUAAGAUAGUAUUUCCAUGUCAUUGAAUUACAAACAUCUUGCCAACACCACAGGAUCAUAAUAAAUGUCUGAUUUGUUAUAAAUCUGAAAUAUAUGCACAGUAGAUAAAGACAAAAAUAAGAAUAUGCAGAAGCAGACGGCCGUGGAUUUUACUGUUACUUUGACACUGGAAACGGAAACCUGGAAAAAGUAACAUGGUUUCCUAGAACAGCUGGGUACUGUAGUUUUUGACAAACUCUACCCAACUUGUAGUGUGCAGUGCAUGCAUUCAUUUGGUACUCUUUGAGUUUGACUCAAACUACAAUGCCCAUGUGCAUUGUACAGAAAUGUCUUAAGGGUAAAAAGAGGUUGCCUUUUAAUUUUUUUUUUUGAUAGUUUUUACACAUUCUUGAAAAGAAAGAAAAUCCAGGAUAUCUACAUCAUACUCUUUCAUCAAUUAUUAACUGAAUCUACAUGUCAAAUAUUUGGAUGUACAAAGUAUUAUUUUGCAUGAAAUAGUUUUUAUACCACAGCCUAUGCUGCUAUAUGACACAUACCUGUAGGAUCAACGUACAUUAAAUUUGAAAAACGGAGACAAUAGUACAACACAUUUGUUCUGGGAUUUGGUUUUUCAUUGGAUCUGUUGAAAAUAAUUUAAAAUAUCAAAAUCCCUAUUCCACCAUUUAUUUUUAUAUUGUACCUCACCACAAAUAAGCUGAAGGAUGACAUUGUUUCACAUUAUUAUUCAAGUCAUUACCACAGCACGCUGCUAAUAGGACUACAGUGCUGUCACGUUGUAAAUGUUCUUUCAGCAGCACGUUCCUGUUGUUUGGAGCUGUUGAACCUGCACAUUUAGCCGCUCUGACCUCUGCUCAGAGCCAAUUUGGCUGCCAUGUAUUUUAAUAUAUGUAAGUUAUUCACAUGUAGCUGGAGAGCUGGCUGG